UUUUUCCCCUUCAAAAGUCCACAGAACAGUUAUCUCAACCGCCGAGGAAGAUAAUCGGAUUGCUAGCAGAAGAUUGGUUGAAGAAACAAAGUGGAAAUCCAUGGCGUUGGGCUCUCUCGGAAUUCGUCUUCUUCCAAUUUCAUCUCCUCCGAAUUCCGCUGAAAAUCCCUUACCCAUCACUUCCCGAAGAGCCAUUGUGUUUGCCCCUACUGCUUUAAUGGCUUCCCUGCUCGCUUUCCCUGUUCCCACUUACGCCGCUCUUCCCCAACUGCAAGACGACAUUCCACAAGAAGAAGAUCGAAUCGUUGCCCUUUUCCAGGAAACUUCGCCUUCCGUCGUUUACAUUAAGGACCUUGAAGUAGCCAAAAACCCUCAAAACCCUUCUGGAGAAGAUGAAAAUGCCAAGGUCAAAGGGACUGGUUCCGGCUUUGUUUGGGAUAAAUUUGGCCAUAUCGUCACUAAUUACCAUGUCGUUUCUGCAUUGGCUACUGAUAAUAGUGGAUUACAGCGUUGUAAGGUAAAUUUAGUUGAUGUAAAAGGAAAUGGAAUCUAUAAAGAAGCAAAGAUUGUUGGUUUUGAUCCAGAGUAUGAUCUAGCUGUUCUUAAGGUGGAACUUGAAGGACAUGAACUAAAGCCCAUAGUCUUCGGUACCUCUCGAAAUCUACGUGUCGGUCAGAGCUGCUAUGCCAUUGGCAACCCUUUUGGUUAUGAGAAGACACUAACAGCAGGGGUGAUCAGCGGAUUGGGUAGAGAAAUUCCAUCACCAAAUGGAAGAGCCAUCAGGGGAGCUAUUCAGACAGAUGCUGCUAUUAGUGCAGGGAAUUCAGGGGGCCCUUUGGUUGAUUCAUACGGUCAUGUUAUUGGAGUCAACACAGCAACUUUCACUCGCAAAGGAACUGGAAUGUCUUCUGGUGUUAAUUUUGCUAUACCUAUAGACACAGUUAUCCGGACUGUGCCAUACCUUAUUGUAUAUGGAACACCUUACAGUGAGAGAUUUUGAACAAAGUUUUACCAUCUUAAGAGAACACAGUAGCCAUUCAUGCAGCUCCAACUCCUCUCCAAGACCAUAGACUAAAUUGUAAAUGACAAUUUGCUAAUAUAAAUGAAUUUUGCUUUCUCAAGUGUAUUAUCCUUGUGCAUUUCAAGAUCAUGGUCUGGAUCGUGAAUAAUUAUUUGCUGUGUUAUUCU